AUGUCUGCUAAAGGAGGAAAUGGAAAGAAACCGGCCUCCCCGGCUGUCAAUCUGAUCGCUGGUGGUGGUGCCGGUAUGAUGGAGGCUCUCGUUUGCCAUCCCUUAGACACAAUCAAAGUCCGCAUGCAGCUUUCACGGCGAGCUACAGCGCCUGGUGUCAAACCCCGCGGCUUCGUAAAAACCGGUGUUGAGAUCGUCAAGAAGGAAACCGCCCUUGGUCUAUACAAGGGUCUCGGAGCCGUUCUGGGCGGUAUCAUCCCUAAAAUGGCUAUCCGAUUCACCUCCUACGAAUACUACAAGCAAUUGCUCGCCGAUAAAAACACUGGCGCUGUCACCAGCAAAGCCACAUUUCUCGCUGGUCUCGCCGCUGGUGUAACGGAAGCUGUCGCCGUCGUAAACCCCAUGGAAGUCAUCAAGAUCCGUCUGCAAGCGCAACAUCACUCUCUCGCCGAUCCCCUCGACGCACCCAAGUACCGCUCCGCACCGCACGCCCUUUUCACCGUCAUCAAAGAGGAAGGUUUCAUGGUUCUCUACCGCGGUGUCUCCCUAACUGCCCUCCGCCAGGGCACAAACCAAGCUGCCAACUUCACAGCCUACACGGAACUCAAGGCCUUCCUGCAGCGCAGCCAGCCUGAGUACGCCAAUUCCCAGCUUCCAUCUUACCAAACGACUGUCAUUGGUCUGAUUUCUGGUGCCGUCGGUCCGUUCUCUAACGCACCCAUCGAUACCAUCAAGACUCGCCUUCAGAAGACAAGGGCUGAGCCCGGUCAGAGUGCCGUCAGCAGAAUCAUGACCAUCGCCAAGGAUAUGUUCAAGCAAGAGGGUGCAAGCGCAUUCUACAAGGGCAUCACACCCCGUGUGAUGCGUGUUGCGCCGGGUCAGGCCGUGACGUUUACAGUGUACGAGUUCUUGAGGGGGAAGCUGGAGGCGUCGAAUUGGGCGUUUGUGGGCGGAAACUUCGAGGAGUAA